GGGAGAAAUACGAAGCGUGCCGCGGCGGAACAAUCACGCACCUGUUCUAAGAGGUGAUCGACCGGGAUCGAUCAACGGCUCCGGAUUCCCGGAAUGUUUCGCGCGAAUUUUUCCGCAUUUAUUCAGAAGUCUUCAAAAUGUAUCCCCAGUGGAGACGAGCCCCCGGUGGGGAUGUGGAGAUAUGCGAAUUGCAUCUAUGGGGCACGAAACGUUUUCCAGCAGUACUGUUAGCGUACCUAUCGCUUGGGCAGCAUUUGGUGGCAGUACAUGCCUUCUGUUUCUCCUCUGCUAUUUGUGCCAGAAGAAACUUCAAGAACGAGAUCCCGAUGCACAAAAUACCACAGCACAGCAGGUGUAUGUCGUGUCGUCAGCUGCGAGGAGAAGUCUUUCCGACAAAACAGUCCGUCAAGAGCCACCAGACUAUGAAAGCAUCUUUUGGGAGAAAAGUCUUCGAUCUGAUCAGCCCCCAUCUUAUGAGUGUGCUGUUGGGGCGAAGAAUUUGCCGAAGUAUUCUCUGACGUUGUAAAUUGCUUUGCAGUCUUCUUUUAUACAAUGACAUUUAUACCGAAAAUUUUCAAUAAAACUCUUCUUUGUAAAAA